AUGACAAACUUAGAUCAAGAAGCUCUUAGUGUCAAACCUGGAAAAUUUAGUGGACACCAUUUUCGUAGAUGGCAAAAACAGUUGAAAUAUUGGCUGUCUGUUCUUGGAUUUAUGUCUGCCAUUGAAGGGCAUGAUCCAAACAAACCAUCAUCUUCUUGGUUUAGCCAAGAGGAUAUAGAGUAUCAUUGCUAUAAUAGAAUUUUAAGUGCCUUGUCUGACCAUCUUUACGAUGUGUAUCAUUCUACAACAUCCACAGCCAAAGAACUUUGGGAUGCAUUAGAGGCUGAAUAUGGAAUUGUAGAUGCUGGAGUUGAUAGGUUUACUGUCUCUAACUUUAAUAGUUAUAAGAUGGUUGAAACCAAAUCUGUAGGAGACCAAAUCCAUGAGUACCAAGAACUUUUAAGAGGUAUAGAAAAGAAAGGAACCAAGUUCAGUGAGGACUUUAAAGUGUCUUGCCUUAUUGAUAAAUUGCCUCCAUCUUGGAAUGAAUAUGCUAAGUCUCUUAGGCAUAAACAAGGAGAGUUCACCCUCCGUCAAGCUAUGAAUUCCCUUAGAAUAGAAGAGAAACAAAGGGUAGAUCAAAAGGGAAAAACUGAGAGUACCCCUGUUGUGAAUUUAGUUGUGGGAAAGAGAAACCAUAAUCAAAACAAGACUAGAUUCCACAAUAAAAAUGGGAGAAAUAACUUUCAGCCUAGGGGAAUGAACUUUAAGAACAAUAGAGUCAACCAUAACAAACAAUUCCAGAAGUCUAAGGAUCAAGGGAGAGAGAAGAUGUCUUGCUUUGUUUGUGGGAGGACCAAUCAUAUGGCAAAGAAUUGCUUCUACAAAAAGACUGAGGAGAUCAAGUCUCAAGCAAAUAAUGGUCCAAAAGCUCAAAAAUCGAGUGGAGGACGUGUAACUGGUUUCAACAUGAAUUCAGUCGCACAAGUAUAUGGAAUUGGAGACAUAGACUUGAAGAUGGCAUCUGGAAAAAUCUUAAGCUUAAAGAAUACAAAGGAUGAAGUAUUCGACAAGUUCAAAGUUUAUAAAACUGAAGUAGAGAAUCAGUUAGAAAAGAAAAUUAAGAGAUUGAGGUCUGAUAGGGGUGGUGAAUACACUUCCAAUGAUCUUAAUGAUUUUUGUGAAGAGCAUGGAAUAAUACAUGAAGUAACACCACCCUAUUCUCCACAAUGUAAUGGAGUUGCUAAAAGGAAAAAUAGAACUUUAUUAGAUAUGGUAAAUGCAAUGCUUUUGAGUUCUGGUUUACCUGAUAAAUGGUGGGGGGAAGCAUUACUAACAGCUUGUUUUAUUUUAAAUAGAGUCAUUGUUAAAGACAAUGAUGAAACUCCUUAUGAAAUUUGGAAGAAGAGAACUCCAAAUCUUCAUAUCUUGAAAGUGUGGGGGUGUCUAGCCAAGGUCCUAAUUCCUGAUCCUAAAAGAAAGAAAAUUGGACCAAAAACUGUAGAUGCGGUGUUCUUAGGUUAUGCUCACCAUAGUACUGCAAAUAAAUUUUUAGUUAUAAAUUCUGAAAUUGAAGAAAUUUCCAAUAACACCAUAAAAGAAUGCAGGGAUGCAACUUACUUUGAAGAUAUCUUUCCUUUUAAGUCUAGAAUUCAAAAUCAAACAGUAAAUAGAGUUAUCUCUAAUGCUAGUAAAGAUACUGCUAGUUCUAGCAAUCCUGCAGUUGAAGAAACAGAAUCUCUAGAAGAAAUUAGACGAUCUAAGAGAAUGAGGAAAGAAAAGAAUUUUGGUGAGGACUUUGUAGUAUUUCAUAUUGAGGGAGAUCCAGCAACAUAUAAAGAAGCUAUGGCUUCUUCAGAUGCUCCAUUUUGGAAAGAAGCCAUAAACAGUGAGGUUGAGUCUAUUCUACAAAAUCACACAUGGGAGUUAACCAACUUACCUCCUGGAACUAGACCUAUUGGUUGCAAAUGGGUCUUUAGGAAAAAGUUGAAACCUGAUGGUAGCAUAGAUAAAUAUAAGGCUAGAUUAGUAGCAAAAGGAUUUACUCAAAAGAAAGGUAUAGAUUACUUUGAUACUUACUCACGUGUCUCUAGUAUCACUACUAUUAGAACUCUUAUAGCUUUGGCAUCUAUACAUGAUUUAGUCAUUCAUCAAAUGGAUGUUAAAACUGCAUUUUUGAAUGGAGAUUUAGAUGAGGAAAUAUAUAUGGAGCAACCUGAGGGAUUUAUAGUUAAAGGUCAAGAACAUAAAUGUGUUAUAUUGUGUCUAUAUGUUGAUGACAUUUUGCUGUUUGGAACAAGUUUAGAGAUUGUGAAAGAUGUGAAAAACUACUUAUCAAAGAAAUUUGAUAUGAAAGAUUUAGGUGAAGCUAACAUAAUCCUAGGAAUGAAACUAGAGAAGACUUCUGAUGGCUUUACUUUAAAUCAAUUUCUUGAUGGUUCUACUGAGGUGGAAUUGAGAUUACAGCUCAGGGGACGAAACAUCACAAGCUCCAGAGACAUUUUUGUGGAUGCAAAUGGCUCGUCUUUAACAAUAAAAGUACAGCACUCUGGGUCCUUUGUCACACUUAUGGAAACUAAUCAACUGUUUGAUAAAAUAAAGCCUGCUGAAACAAUAUGGUAUAUAGAUGAAGAUCAGCUAGUGAUAAACUUGAAGAAGCAUGAUCCAGAUUUAAAAUGGCCUGACAUUGUCGAGUCAUGGGAGUCUUUAACUGCGGGAUCUAUGCAACUUUUGAAAGGAACAUCAAUUUACAUUGUUGGGGAUUCAACUGAAAUUAACCAGAAAGUGGCUCAAGAACUUGCAGUUGGUCUGGGAUAUACGCCACUCACUACAAAGGAGUUGCUGGAAGCAUAUGCCAAGCAGAGUGUUGACUCAUGGCUGCUUGCUGAAGGUUCUGAAUCUGUAGUGGAAGCAGAAAGUGCUAUAUUACAGAGUUUAAGUAGUCAUGCUAGGGCAGUCAUUGCGACAUUAGGAGGCCAGCACGGAGCUGCUGGAAGAGCUCAUAAAUGGCACCAUCUUUACGCAGGAUUUACUAUCUGGCUGUCACAAACUGAUGCUACAGAUGAAGGUUCUGCAAAGGAAGAGGCCAGGAGUCAUAUCCAAGAUGGUGGAGUAGCUUACUCAAAUGCAGACGUUGUUGUCAAGCUACAGGGUUGGGAUGCAGAUCACGUUAAAACUGUUGCGCAGGCAUGCUUGAGUGCUCUUAAACAGUUAGUUCUGUCAGACAAGAAGCUUCCAGGUAAGAAGAGCCUCUACAUACGCUUGGGAUGCCGAGGUGACUGGCCAAACAUCAAGCCUCCUGGGUGGGAUCCUUCAGCUGGAGAUGAUGCAUCUCCAGGUAGAUCUCACUAA